AUGCUUAAUAAAGUAGCCACUCUCGGUUCAAACACACAAAUUCCACGUGGAACUCUGCCAAGUAAUGACAGGAAUUCAGACAAAGUGAAAAUGCCAUUUUUUCGUAAAUCUCGGUCAACUUCAAAAUCACGUCAGAGUGCAACAUCCUCAGCAAUUUGGAGUAACAACAACAACACUGUUGUCAAUAGUAGCACUUAUACAAGUAACAAUCCAUCAGAACCAAUAGAAUUAUCCUGGGAACAGGUGGUAUCAAAUGAUGGCUUUGUAAAGCAUUUUCUCAAAGUAUUUUGUGAAAGAGUACGUAAAGGUGAUCAUUUUAAAACAAUUCGAAUUAUUGGAUCAACAACUGCUGGAUUGUGUAUUAAAGAGUUAGUUGAAACAUAUUAUUCUAAGUAUGGAACACGUAAUGACUUUUAUUUAUGCGAAAUAAUCGGACGUAUUCAGCCAAUUUCCAAUGUGAAAUCCAGUACACCUGUAUGGUCAUUUAGCGAACAAAAGGUUCGUCGAAUUGAUGCUAAUGAAAAUAUCAUCUCAUUAUUGCAAAAUACCAGUCCUGGAUAUGGAUUAUGCAGGCGGUUAGAGCUUAGACCUGUAGAUGGUAGAAUUAAUACACCUAUGAAUGAAAGUAGGAAUUUAACCUCUUCACAAGUUAGUCUACGUGAUCCUGUUACUUCACCUCAGCUACCAAUAACCUCACCACGGUCUGGUACACCUGUAAAUGGGAUUACUCUGUUCAAAGAUUCACGUCGUGGUAAUUUCUUUAGAGGUGUACAAAUUCCACAAGGACCACAUUUUCUUUUGUUACGUGGUAAUCAACCAAAUCGUGAUAUGCUAUUACAUGAUCUUACUAAACUUAUCAUUGACAAUACAAUGCAAUCUUUUAUGACAGUUGGUUAUGGUAAACACGCGGAUAUUCGACUUUAUCCUAUACCAUCUGAAGUACGCUCCACUGAAGGAGGGUGCAUCAUUGCAAAAAUUGUUGGAUAUAAUAUUACAUUAAAGACAUCUGAAUCAUCAGUAAAACGAGGACUGGUGUUUCUUGAACCCUGUGAUUCAAAUGAUAAUGAUGAUACUGCGGAUAAAACACCAAAUAAUUCUCGCUCUAAGUAUGAUAAUACCGAGAUAUACAUUAAUAAUGAUUUAAUUAAACCAAUGUACUCUGACACCUUUCAAAAGCGUGAACUUCGACCUGGUGACCUUAUCUUUUUUGGAUCACAUAAGCGUGGGUACAUUUAUCUAUUCAAAGAUCCAAGAUGUAUACCAGAUUACAAAUUAGAAUUGCCAUUCACAACUAAUCAAAAUGUUUUUGAUAGUGGUAAUAAUAAAACACAUGGAAAUGUGAAAAUUCUUAAUGCUUCAACUAGUACUGAUGAGAUUGUUACACGAGCAAGCACUGCUGUCAUAGCUAAUUCCAGUGAUUCUACUGAUGAUGGUUGUAAUGGUGCUGGUAAUCCUGAUAUGAAGAAACAAUAUUCAUCAUCAGUUCAACAAUUUAACAGCCCGUCAUCGACAUCUACACUUGAGGAAAUGAAAGAUGAUGACAUACGAUCGAUUCCAGGAAUUAACGAAUUAGAAUGGAUUAUACAACCGUUACUUGUUCAACUGAGACUAACAGAUGGGACCUCUGUAUCAUCCUCUUCAAUUUCACUGUUGUCAUCAUCAAACUCACAGAAAAUUGUAAAUUUGGAUACAUUAGGUACCUGGGAUGCUAUGGAAACCACAAUAUUGGAACCAUGGAGGUCAGCGUGUCUAUUAAGUCUACUGAUUAGAGCUAUUGGAUUAAAUAAACUGCGCAGUAGCACCAUUACCACUUCUAGUACUAACAGUGAUAGUAAGAUACAGAAGAAUAAUUCCAUGGAAGAUCUGAUAAAACAAAUUACAUCAAUACUAUCUAAUUAUCAAAAGCGUGCAGAGUUGACUGAAUCCAACAGAGUGGUUUUUCAAUUUUGGCUCAGUUUAUUUUUCUACGAUUUGGCCACCUAUAUUACAUCUGGAUGGUUAACACAUGACAUUAAAUCACCAUCAAUCGUUGUUGACGGCAAAGAUCCUACCACAGUUUCAAUCUCAUCGGCAACGACAACAACUUCAAAUUCAGAGCAUCGUCAACAGGAUAAUAAUAAAUCGGAAUCAUCAUUAAGUCAUUUAUUCGGUGAACUACAAGCUCCUGAAACACUGGUUGAAAUUGAUGAACUAAGAAAACUACUGUAUACACUUGCUGAUCAAAUAAUUGAUAAAUUGGUUAAAACAACAUGUCAUUCUAUCUCACCAUACAUACCUGCUUUAUAUCAAGGCUCCUUGAACAAUUCACCAGUGCGUUCUCAAUCGGAUGAAAUACGUCUUACAUCACCAACAGAAUGGACCAGUGGUAAUAGCAGUAGAAUAGAACUAUCCAGAUGGUUGAACCAAUUAGUUUUGUGCUUUGAUGUAGCCUUCUAUCCAACCGGUGGUUCACCAUUAUCACCACUGCAAAAUGAUGCUGAAAAUCUAUCCAUAAACUCUUCAUCAUUACAGUCAGGUAUGAGUAGUAAAAUGCAAAAUGGAAUGACACAGGAAGAAUUAUAUAAUCAGCAAUAUCAUUAUUCUAAUCCUCCUCCAUCUAAUCAUCAUCAACAUCCCCACCACCACCCCCACCAUCAACAACAACAACAAAACCUACUGACAUUGAAUUCAAGAUAUCCCCAGAAGAAAUCAGAAACUAGUGAUUUAAGCAUGUCAGGUGAUUCUGAUGUGGACAAUGAUAUACUAAUGAUGAAUAAACAUUCAAGGGCAAAAAGCUAA